AUGGAAGAGAAGUUAGACGGUUUACUGAAGGAGUAUUUCAGCAUAGAAGAUACUGGAAUCUCAACAGCUGAGCCUUUGGAAUCAGAAGCGGUAAAGCGAGCGUGGAAAAUACUUAAGGAAACUACACAGCGAGUCGGAGAUCGGUUUCAAACUGGACUAUUAUGGAGAUGCGAUCGCGUGGAACUGCCAGAUAGUCUUCCUAUGGCCAUCCGUCGGUUAGAAUGCCUCGAAAAGAGGAUGAAUCGAGAUCCAGCCCUGAAGGAGGAAGUACAUCGACAGAUUCAAGAGUAUUUAGAUAAAGGGUACACCCAUCGAGCAACUGAAACUGAGCUAAUCAGUGCUGAUCCAAAGCGAAUUUGGUACCUUCCGUUGGGCGUCGUUCAAAAUCCCAAAAAACCAGGGAAGGUCAGGCUGGUUUGGGACGCAGCCGCGAAAGUUAACGGAAUAUCCCUUAAUGAUCUUCUUCUUCCGGGACCAGAUAUGCUACUACCGCUGCCCUCUGUUUUGUUCCGUUUUCGCCAGUUCCCUGUGGCUGUUUGUGGAGACAUAAAACAAAUGUUUCACCAGAUACUGGUUAAAGAAACCGAUAGGCAUUCGCAACGUUUUCUGUGGCGCGAUAAACCGAAAGAGCCACCAAGCGUAUACAUAAUGAAUGUCGUCACAUUUGGGGCAACAUCGUCUCCAUCCUCAGCGCAGUUUAUAAAAAAUCAGAAUGCUCUGGAAUUUGCGGACAGAUUUCCUAGAGCAGCACAAGCGAUCCUGAAAUGUCAUUAUGUUGACGAUUAUCUGGAAAGCUUUGAAAACAUUCGAGAAGCACAGGAGGUUUCAGCAGAUGUACGGUUCGUGCACAGUAAAGGAGGAUUUGAAAUCCGAAAUUGGUCUUCUAAUAGCAAAGCUGUUCUGGAUUACCUCGGCGAGAAAGCGAACGCGACCGAGAAGAAUCUUUCACCAACAACGAAUAAUUUUGAACGAGUUUUAGGAAUGCAUUGGCUUCCUGAGUACGAUAUGCUUAGUUUCCCUACCUCGUUCUCCGAAGAUAUCAUGUCUUUAAUCCACGGGAAUAAAAGGCCGACAAAACGGCAGAUACUGAAGUGCAUCAUGAGCCUUUUUGAUCCACUCGGUUUACUGGCUUCAUUCUUGAUACACGGUAAAAUCGUAAUGCAGGAAGUGUGGCGCUCCGGUAUUACAUGGGACGAGCCGGUAAGCGAUAAGAUUUUCUCGCAGUGGAAGAGGUGGACCGAAAAGUUCGCUGAUAUCAAGGGGAUCGAAAUUCCGAGGUGUUAUUUCCGCGCUGCAAAUGCGGAACUUUACAGAAAUCUCCAAGCCCACGUGUUUGUCGAUGCUAGCGAGGAAGCAUAUGGCGCUGCAGUUUACUUUCGAAUUGUUAAACCAGAUGAUUCUGUACAGUGUACCUUAGUUUCGGCCAAGACAAAAGUUGCGCCUUUGAAAUAUGUAUCCAUACCGCGGUUGGAGCUGAUGGCUGCUGCAAUUGGUGCCCGUCUACUUACGUUUGUGGAAAAAUAUCAUUCUGUAACUAUUACGCGACGGUUCCUGUGGUCCGAUUCACACACUGUUCUAUGUUGGAUUCGCUCCGAACAUCGCAAAUAUCGACAGUUUGUUGCUUGUCGGAUUGGCGAGAUUCUGUCGCUGACCAAAGAAUGUGAAUGGAGGUGGGUUCCUAGUAAAUCUAACGUCGCCGACGAAGCCACCAAAUGGGGUAAGGGCCCAUGUUUUGACGCAGAUUCUCGAUGGUAUGUCGGACCUAGUUUCUUGUAUCAGGCGGAAGAUCAGUGGCCAACGAAUAAACACACUCCCGUGACCACCAGUGAAGAACUUCGUCCGUGUUUCGUUCACGCGGAAAUUGCUACUCCGGAACCAUUGGUGGAUGUGAUAAGGUUCUCCAAAUGGGAACGUCUUCAUAGAGCGACAGCCUACGUAAUUAAAAUCGGACAACUCUGGAAAGCAAAAUCUGUCGGUGGCAGGAUAAACUGCGAACGACUCGAACAGCAGGAUUUGAUGGAAGCCGAAAUAUUAUUGUGGAAGCAAGCUCAACUCGAAGCAUAUCCGGAUGAGAUCGUCACCCUUCGCCACAAUGAAGGAUUGCCGAUCGAAAAGCGACGUUCUUUGGAAAGGUCAAGUCCUCUUUACAAGCUCUCACCGAUGCUUGAUAAAGACGGAGUCUUGCUUAUUGAUGGCCGUAUAAAUGCGGUCAAUUUAGUUCCAGAAACAAUUAAGUCUCCGAUAAUCCUUCCGAAAGGACACCGAAUUACCUUUCUUGUGAUUGACUACUACCAUCGAAAUCACGCCAAUGCAGAAACAGUUGUGAAUGAGUUACGUCAGCGGUUUUACGUGCCACACCUAAGAACACUAGUUCGAAAGAUUUCGACCCAAUGCCAAAUGUGUAAAGUCUAUAAGGCACGUCCUGAAAUUCCCAGGAUGGGACCUCUUCCGACUGGACGGUUGUCUCCAUUCGUACGUCCCUUUAGCUUUGUGGGUUUAGACUAUUUUGGACCUCUUUUGGUCAAAGUUGGUCGAUCGAACGCUAAACGUUGGAUAGCAGUAUUUACGUGCCUAACUAUAAGAGCGGUCCAUGUGGAAGUGGCAUACACACUGUCAACGCAGUCGCGCAUAGCUUGCAUUCGAAGAUUUGUAAAACGACGUGGAGCCCCCCUCGAGUUUUAUUCGGACAACGGACGGAAUUUCGUGGGAGCAGCGACAAUAUUGAAGAAGCAAAUAGAGGAAAUUCAUAAAGAGUCUGCAGCUACAUUCACUAGCACACAUACCAAAUGGCUCUUCAUACCACCUGCAGCACCCAGCAUGGGCGGAUCAUGGGAACGAAUGGUCCGCUCAAUCAAGACCGCGAUGAAUAGCUUACCACAAAACUGCAAGUUGGAUGAUGAGGGACUACUGACGAUGGUAAUUGAAGCUGAAGCCAUUGUAAAUAAUCGGCCGUUGACUUAUCUACCUCUAGACUCCGAGGAACAGGAGGCGUUGACGCCCAACCAUUUUAUCCUCGGCAGUUCAAGUGGGCUCAAACAACCAAUGGAACCAACCGAUGGCGUUGAAGUUGUACGGAAUUCUUGGCACCAGAUCUUUGUCUGUCUUAACCAUUUUUGGAGAAGAUGGGUAAGGGAAUAUUUACCCACGUUGACCAGGCGAAAUAAAUGGCACGAUGAGGUACGAGCGUUGAUGUCCAACGAUCUGGUUAUUGUUAUUGACGAGACGAAAAGAAAUGGAUGGAUUCGUGGCAGAGUCCUUGAGGUAAUUGCUGGACAAGAUGGGAGAGUCCGACAAGCUGUGGUCCAGACAUCCGACGGCAUGUAUCGACGCCCCGUUUCCAAGCUAGCGGUUCUAGAAGUGGACGAAAAUGGUAAGGACGACUCCAUUACUCAUCCUUACGAGGCGGGGGAUGUUGGCAACCGGGCAUAA